AUGCAAUGUUUAUUUUCGAUUUUUGAUGACGGAGAAGAUAUUCGAACGAUUGAAGUGAUCUAUGAAAAUGCCGAAGAUCCAUGCAUUCUCCUGUAUUCUGAUGUGUUAAAAUACGCUAUUUUGUAUUUCAAGCAAAUCGUUGGUAGCCUCACUAAUUAUGAGAAGAGCUCUUCAGCUAGCCCUUCACAGAUCUGGAAAACCGUUGUGGAUAUCCGAAAAAUUAAUAGUGCCGCAGCAUUGGAUGGCUACGUUUUUCCGCGGAAUUCGGAAUGGACCUAUUGCAAUGAGCAGUCGAAAAUCAGCAUGAGCGCCGAUUUUGAGGUGGAAAUUCGGAACGCAUUGGAUCCAGAUUCUGCCGAGAUUGUGGUCCUUGAGCGGGGUCCAAACAGUGGAGCCCAGCAAAAAAUCGUGGGCAGUGAUGCGGACGGCAAGAUUACGGCUUGCUAUGCGGAAGGUUCCACUUUUGUCACACUCUAUCGAGGAUCCGAAACUGAAACUCGAGCUUUUGAUUUGAUUUCGGAUAAGAAUCUAGGCUACUGCUGCGAUCUGGCCAUCGCUGAUCAAAGUGUUCUGAUACUCACGUUACAGAAGCUAUAUUGUAUUCGGCCAGAUGGCAGCGUGAUUUCAACCCAGCUACGCGCCCAUGACCUUUGCAAAAGAGACAUUGCUCCCGCUCAUCGGAGGCUUAGAGUUUUGUCGUGUGUCGACCUCGCAUCGAAAAAGCACUUUACAGAAAUUUACGCAGUAGUGGACGAUGUAAUCUACAUAUACCAGCUGGCUGAAGACGCCAGUGAGUUGCGCUUCGUUACCCAGAGAAACCCCGGUGUCGGAUCGAUCACGGCUUGGACGGAAUGGACCGAUGAAGAGCCGAUAUUUUACGUAGCCGGCCCUCUUGGGAUCGUGUCGAUGGAUGGUGGAGAUCGGCGACAUCGAAUUUUCCGAAGGUCAACAGAGAUGUUUCGUUUUGAUCAAGAGAAGCUUCAGCCAAUACACUAUGUACUGUGGUCCACAUUCUGUCUACACAGCGGGCAUCUAGCCCGCUACGAACGUGCUUAUGCAUUUUAUGAGAGCCCUCCUGAACGACCCACUGUUGAGCCAGGACCGUACAAGUCGAUUAUCUGCGUGAACCUGGAGCGUAAAGCAUUCAUCCUCGCCCGGGAGGAUGGACUCCUAGCAUACGCUCUCCUCGGAGAUAUUGGUAACCCAAAAGGACCCCAACUUGAACUCGUCGUCCCGCGAACGGCGUGGGGUUUCCAACCUGGCAGCGCCGGAGUUCCAGUUUUUACGAUACCAUAUAUUUUCGAUGCCGAUGAGAAUGGGGCACGCGACGCUUUCCUGAAAAUGCACAUCUUCGUGGAAUGCGCCCGAGUUGGUUGUGAGCUGCAUAUGCAGUUUCGCUACCUGAGCCCGGCCAAGAAGCUCGAAAAGUUCACCGGGGCGCUGCCGCUGGGCCCAAACGGCGAAAAAAUCCUACCGAAGCCGGAGCUGGUGAAAUCGGCGUAUAUGCUUGUGUCCAAUCGGUCGUUCGUAAUAUUGGCGUUCACGAGCCUCAUCGUCUACGAAAAAAGCAAGGAUCAGUUCAGCGUGAUUUCCGUGGACUCUUUUGUGGCAGAUCGCAGCGAGGAUGAAUAUACACCUAAAUAUCGCAGCCGGAAAAUAGUCGACAUGCACUUUUGCAAGGAUCGGCGUGAGCUUUUGGUGUUGAUGGAGAAUGCGCGCAUCGUGUGUUUUCAAUGGGUAACCUGGAAAGACCAAUUCAAGCUACAUGAAAUACGGUGGAUGAGCCUUCCCGGGAUGCAAAUAGCCCGAUCCUUGCAUUUGAACCGGCAGAACGGGUUCGAUGAUCCUAUCGUCUUCGGCUUUUGUAUGCGAAACGAUAAUGCGCGAUUCAAUCGAUUUGCCCUUACUCCGGUGGCUUACGAUAUUAAGGCAAAAUCACUGGUGAUGGAAUGGGGCCAGGACGCACUCCACAUGCUGGACCUGCCGCGCGACCAUUAUUCCGUGGACAUCAGCGAUUCGCUGGGGAUUCUCAUCGAUUUUGAGGAACCGACGGCAAAGAAAGGACUUCGUAUUCACCUGGGAAAGGAGCGCGUUGGUUGCGUGCUGCCACCCCUCAUCCCACACGACAUUCGCAAAAUGGUGGCCGCCCCGGUUGAUGAGCUGGGAUUGAGUUUGAUUGCGGCUAUCGGCCAUGGCGUCACUUUAAUGAUUUACCAACCGGAAACAGAGACCCUAAUUAAGGUCAACGAACACUUCCCGCGAGAUAAUUGCAACGAUGUGGGAUUCGGUAAGGUCAACAAGGUCAAAAUCAAGAAAGUCGUCUGCCUACGCGUAUUGUUAUUCGUGGCCACGGACAGCGAGAUUGAAGUGUUGCAGGUCAUCGUGAAAGGCGAUUCGGAAUUCGACUGGCCCGGCUGGAGCAAUCGGUCGAGGGAGACUAUUCGUCCGGAAGCACCGAUCGCGCACCGAUUCGGCUUCUGGGUGGGAUCGAGAGUACGGCAGAUUUACAUCCCCGAUCAGGAGGGUCCCGAGAACGAGUGCGUAAUAUACUUUAUUUUGGAUGCGACGCCUGAUAGCACGACGAUAAAAGUUGGGAUGGUAAUCUUCUACUCCGAGUCGAUUACCACGUUGCCGAAAUGGCGACCGUUCCCAGUGGCCACCUGUAAAGACAUCUUUAUGCCGUACCAGCAAUUCAAGAUGACGUCUAAAACAACGACCUCUGGCAUUUCUAGUCUCGACAUUUAUUACCGACCCUUCGGCGCCUCGAACCGGUCGAAAUUCAAAAUGGCCACGUGGGACCUAAAAUCACCGGAAAUUGUCUUCAACAAGGAGGUGGAAGCAUUUGAAUCGUUCGAAUACGACUCGAAACUGCUCUCGGUUAAGCGCCAAGGCGAUCAUUUUACGUUCAAUUCAAGGCAGGUCGACAGUACGAACAAGGAUUUGAAUAAGCCGUCUAAGGGCCCUACCUACUUCCUUCACCAAGAUGCCGAAAAAUACGGCUGGCUAGCUGCUAAAAAGUACAACGGACAACCGAAUUUCUUUGUCGAUAAACAGCUAACGGCGCGGGCCAAAAGAUAUGGGCUCAGGAAAUGGCUACCAAUUCUUAGAAACCAUGCGCUGGUGUAUAGCGAUCGAUAUUUUCAAAUCGUCCCUGUUUCGAUGCCGCUGAAUAUCCUUCAGAGGCUCGUCCCCAAGCGGCUCCGCAACAAGAUGGCAAGCCUGAAACGCGCUGCCUCCUCGACGCUAUUCCCGACUGCGCUCUCCACCAAGCAGGAGCCCCUGGAGCCGGACGACUUCACGGAGUCCGACACAGAACCGGAAGACGUGGAGAGCAGCAGCGUUGAGACGGAGUCGAUCCCCGAUCACUACCACAAAAUGGCCCGCGCCGCCGCCCUCUACGCCGAGCACGAGCCGCACGCUGGGAAUAAGCCCUGCCGCAUCAAGUACACGAAGCCGUUGGCGGUGCGCCGGCUGCGCUGCACGCGGACGCGCGCCUCCCGCAACUGGUCGCGCCUCUUCUCGCGCAACGCGGGCGAAUCGUCGAGCUACGAGGAGGUGUGCGACCUGACGACGAGCCACACA